GCUGUUUGGUUGUUUGUAACCUUCGCUCUGGCGGCGAAAAUGUGUAAAAUGAUUUGGGAGGAGUAAUGUCGUUUGCCUUGCUUAAAAAAGCCUUCGGCAUUGGAAAGGCAACCGAUGAAAAGGAAUUUGAUGAAUUUCUGAGAGUUUUUGACGGGAGCGAUGCUGUUCAUAUUGGGCACUUGAGUAAACUGUUGAAGAAGAAGGCUGUUCGUUUGCUGGUCUUGAAAAAUGAAGACUCAAGCGUCAUUUUCGACUCUGCAGCCCAAAAGGACUCUUUGAAGUCUGCACCCAUACUGAAUGUUGGGCGUCAGCAGCUCAACCUUAGGGAUAUGGCCUUUGGUUCUUACUCACUAAGCAAUCGAUUACCAUUACUGUUUUCAACAAAAAUUCACGACAUGAGUUCCACUGGUCAGAUGUUAUUUACCAGAGUUUUCAGUGAUCUUGAUGAAUGGCGUAAACUGUAUUUGAACAGUAGACGGAACUCGUGGGUCGGACGUGGGAUUUUUAACACUGGGAGCACUGAGUUAAAGCACGAUGUAGGGAGUUACAGAACUUUGGCAGUUUGUUUACUCAUUAACUUGGAUUGGUGCACGUCCUCAGGUGGCUUGUGUGCUGGUAAAACUACUGUUGUUUCAAAGCCCCACAGUCGUCGGAAUUUUUCACACCUGUUUAACACCGAUACAACCAGCCAAACAGUUGUUCAGCCAACUUUGGAUAAUAGUUUGAAGAUAUCAGCGUUCUCCGCGAGGCGUUUCUAUCACAUGCUUUUUGAGCACUGGACUCAGUUAAGCUUGUUGUUAGAGAUACUAACAAACGAGUGUGCUGUGGCAGUUUGUAAUAGCACUCGGAAUUGCUGGGGAAUGCACAACUUCGUACCUGAAACACAUUGCACAGACGUAAUAGCAAAGGCGUUCAACAGUUUUUUGGAUUAUUUUCGAGACCUGUGCUUGCCUAAGCUGUCUUUCCCAAUUUGGCCUACUUUGAAUGUCACAUUGUCAAUCGGUUCUGACUCCCUACCAUCUUACUUUGAGCGAUCCCGUGCCGAUUGUGUUGCUUAUUGGUUGAACAUGGAUCCCAGUUAUUGCCAUUCACUACCAGCUGAUUGCACUCAAGUUUCUAAGGAUAAUCUCGCUGACGUAUUUGUGAGGUCGUGUUUGGUACCGCUGAUGAUAAGGGGAAACAGUAAAGAGCAUCGAAGCUUUCUCAGUCGUUUGCUCACUGGCAUUCUAAUGUUUCAUACGGGUUGGCUUGAUGGCAUUUCAUCCAAAGGUUCAUGUUCCGAUUCGGAAAACAGUGCUAGAAGUUCAUCGAACAACAGAAGUGUACACACCAGUUUACUAGAUCAGUUGCUUACUCAGAUAGGAUUCAUACCCAUAGAAACGGAUAGAGUAUCUGGAAAUAUCUUCAACUGUACUGUAAUUUCUGGUCAAUCUCGUGCUUACUUAAUGGCUCUGCUGUAUUUCGCCACCUAUUUUUUGAGAUUUAUAUGCUUGACGCAUACACAAGAAUGUGUCCCAGAACUUGGACAAGCGGAUCUUUUUGAAUUGGAACAGCAAAAACGUAGGACUCGACUGGGUGGUAAAACCCGUCGCAAAUCUGGUUCCGCUACUAUUAAUAGCUCAACAACUAAUUGCAGUGGUGAUGCAAAUGAUUCUGGUAUCAGUUCUCAGGAGGAUUUGACUUCUGUGGUUUAUUCGGCAAGCACAGGAUCGUCGCCUACACAUGUUUCUGGCAUGGCAUUAUGCAUGACUCGUCGACUGACACGUGAUCAGUGUCGAGUGGCGGAAGCGGCUGCUCAUUUAGUGGUCACUCGUGAGGCUGCAGCAGCAGCAGCGGCUGCUGGGCCAACCAGUUCCUUCAUGUCAGUUGGUGGAACUCGUUCAUCCCAUUCAAAUGACAUGGGGUUAUCAGAUGUUAAUAAUAGCGGUUCUGGUCCAUCUAACUCACCGCGUUCAUAUCGAUCUCGAUAUACUGAAGUUCCAUUGCUGAUUGAAAAAUAUUUUGAUGGUGAUGAAGAAUUAUGCAGUUGUUUACCAACUGAGAUAAUUCCAGCUUGUGGUAGUGUUGGUAGCUAUUCCGCCUCGUUGACAUCACCAACAAGAAGUAGUCCAGGCUCACCUUACAAUACAUUGGAUAAUGUGAAAACAUCAUAUCUACCUAUCAGUUCACAAUCUGUAGAUCGGUCAUUGAAACAAGUCUUUUCAUCACAAUCACAUAAUCAUGAUGCGUUACCAUCGUCAUCAUCAUCAAGGUCAAUGGAUGGAUCUAAUCUAUUCAGCAUUGAUAAUAUGUUAUCAUCGUCAACUUGUCAAACAGAUUUAGAACAACAACAACAACAACAACAACAAAAUCCUGAUUUAUUUCAUCGUUCUUCAUUUCAAACAUUUGUAAAUCAUUCAUUAAUUGCUGGAGCAGUCUCUGAUGUUUAUCACAGUGGACAUGUGUUACAGGCAACAGUUGAACAGGCGGAGAAUUUCAAACCACGUUUAGAAGAGAAUUUAAUUCAAUGGCUCACUUAUGGUCCACUUGUUUUUAGUGAUUUCAACAACUUGUCAUUGAAUAACAACAAUUUCAGAAUACAUGAAACGGUUAAACCUAAUCAUCCAAAUCAAAUAUCAAGUAGUCAUCAUACUAAGCAUCCUAAAUGGUCAGCUACAGGUUUAUUAAUUAACUGUGAUACAAAAACUGUUGAGGCCUUAACUAUAGUUCAACCCAACCUAGCCAAUAUAGUUUUAACCAAGGAAGUUGAAGUUCCAAAUCCAAUUCAUGUUCGUGCUACUCCACCUGUUGGUAGCGGUAUACACAGUGGACGAGAUCGUGCUAAAAUAAUAUUAGAUCAAACAGAUUCAAUGGAACAACAACCAUUACUAGUAACACCAGUUCAUGCACUUACCUCAUCUGUAUCUCGACGUCAUCUACAAAUUAAGGCUGCACCUUUAGUAUCUCGUCUUAUUGAAGAAACGCAUAUGGUGUUAGAAACAACAAAUUGUUCAUUGAUGACACUAAAACAUUUGGAGAGUAAUUUACAAUUGAUUUAUCAUAAAAGUAUAAUACUGACAAAUUUAUUAAUCAAAGAAGGCUCUAGCGUACUUCAGCGAAUUGAUCGAAUGAUGAUUGCUGCAGGGUAAGUAAUAAUCUUUUAUGUAAUACAAUGAAACUUCUUCUUCUUGUAUAUUGAUCAUACUGUUGAGCCUAUUUUUACAUUUUUCUAUUGAUUUGUCAACGUGUAGAAGAUUAAUUAAGUAUCAGUUGAACCAUGGGCUCUAAACAAAGCUAAACACAGUUGAAUGUAAUGCUUUCACCAGUCUAUCAUUCCUCUUAUGAAACCGAGUGUAAAGCGUAGGUGAAAAUAUCCUUUUUUUUUUUAUUCUAUCCGUUGGAGGUUUCGAUAGAAAACCUUCUGAUUACAAUGCACAUUAAGAAAUUACUGGAAUUGAUUGCUGUAUAUAGUCUUUUAAGAUGUAUUUAGGCUUGUUUCUCCUCUUACUAUUCAUACUUAAGUGUAUGAGGGAAUAUGGUGAUGUAACCUUACCUUACCAUGGUAUAGUCGAUGGUUCUUAUGUUAACAUUUAUAAUAGUGUUGUAAAUAUGUUUAUUUACUAAAGAAUUCAAUGAAACAUAGAGAAUAUCAUGAGACAUAGAUCUUAAUUAACCUAGGAAGUUGUCAAAACAAGUAUGAGUUUAUCGUCUUAACCCCAUGUAUUACAUUAUGCAUAUCUGUAUUGGUGAAAGAAAGUACAAUUAUCUUCAUCUUAUAGUAUACAAUAAAUGUUUAUGUUGUAUAUAUGCAGAUAUGAUAUAAGCUGUUAGUGAAAUAAUUUAUCUUUUACAUGAUUUGAUACUGUCGGUUUAGCGUAAACAUUCACUAUCAUCAGACCAAUUUGGAACAGUAUGCUGUCUAUCAUGUUCAUCCAUCUAAUUUCUUACUUCAGUUAAUUAAGUUAUCAUAUGUAUUUGUUUAUAGUCACUGUUUUUGCUGAAUAUAUACGUAUAUAUGAGAUGAUGACAUUUUUGCUGAUUGAUUGAUUGAUUGUUAUACAUUUUUGGACGUGUGAAGUGGAUCACAACUGACCUUUAAUAAACAAAUGAACAGAUGAUUUUUAGAGUUAAUUCAUUAUGUACAUGUACAUCGUUUGAUUAGUUCAGGUUUUUUUUUUAAACGUUACGUUUGUCAUUGUUAACUCGGAAUGAAUGUAAUGUAUAUUGCAUGUCUUGCUGACAACAAACAGGUGUUCAUCCGUAUACUUUGACUCUAUAAGUUAAUCCACUCAUGAUCAUAUAGAAAGGUGUUUAUGGUGGAUCGAUUUCAUAUCUGCUAAAAUGGUGUGGUGUUGUAUUCGUUGACAGUAGUGGCUUCAGCAUCUAGACUCUCAUCUAAUAGAUCUAGGGGUUCUCCUCCAACUACUUCGACCUGAUCAACCGGAUAGAAUAUCAUAGGCUAUCAUCCAAGGACUGAGAGCUAAUUCAUUACAUAAACAUCAUCUAGUUAGUUGCAUCUAUUUAUUGGCUAAUUUCCAGUCGACUUUUUUCGAUUGUAAAUUUUCCGAACGUCAUCAGAAUUUUCAUAAUUUUUUUGGAAAGUAUAAAGCUUAACCACUAUGUGAAGGGAGUACCAAGCAAGUAUGUCAGAAUGAUUAAGGCUCUUUACUUUAAUUUACACAGUCGUGUAGGAGUUUAUAAGCAGUUAUCAUCUGAAGUGAUAACAACAAGCAGUAUCCAGCAGGGACUCUCACUGUCACACUUUUUGUUUAACUUAGCUGUAGACGCACUAUGGAGCAUAACCCUGUAUACCUGCAAGUUUAUGGGGAAGGAAUUUGAUUAGCCGUAAGGACAAACCUGAGUAUAUUUGGCGUUCGUUUUGCAUCUGUCUGAUAUAAAAUAGUGCUUCAAGACUAAUCUACAGUUAUUCCCUUGGUUGUGUUGCAUUCACUUAGCUGGAUGGUUUAAAUCGUCGGGCUUCCAUUGUCUUCCUAGACAAUAUUCUCAGCACCAACUUCAAUACCAAGUGACCUAUUCGGAUUUCUGCGUGACUAUUCAGGGGUGGAUCGUGAUUGUCAUGUCACUGAUUGUACAAGUUUUUCUAUUCCCCGUCUCUCUGCCUGACCUCUGACCUUGUGAUUGUUUAUCAUUUUCCUUAUUGUUUGGCAGAUUGGGUCUAUGUCUAACCUGAAUGCUAAGCGUCCGGAAAUUUUUUCUUUGCGUAGUACAUAGAAUGGAAGUCAUCAUUUUACGCUUUAUCAAAUCGAAACUCUGGAUCUAUUUUGUGCACGAUACCUUCGUUAUCAUUAAAAAGAAUAAAUUUUAAAAAAACGUUCAUAGUUUGAUUAGCAACGUUUUUGGCAAUAUCGAAUUCAUAGUGGAGAAGGAGUUAAAGAACUAACUGCUAUUCCUGUUGUUUGAGUCAGUACAACUAGUGUUAGUGUACUGGAAGCCAACAGCACAUCGAUCAAAUCCAAAAAUAUAUUAACAAUAACC